CUCACUCUCACCCCACAGGAAGUCACACCGGACACACCGCCGCACACGGCUUGGAGCCGUUUUUCCUUCACCUAGUGGCUCGCCCGGAACAAACCGGAUAGGACCGGAGCAAACCCGGCGGCGCAAACGAUGGCUAACCCACAGCUGCUGUGGGCGUUAGUCCUUCUCGGAAGCUGGACCCUGCUGCCGAUCGAAGCAGCUGCCACGACCCGAUUCGAGUGCCAGGAGGAAGGUUUCGCCUCGGACCCAAACGACUGUAACGCCUUUUACCGAUGCGUUGAGGAAGACGGCAAGCUGACCGCGUACAAGUUCCGUUGUGGCCCCGGAACGGUUUACUCCGGCGUCGAGAGCGUCUGCGUCCAUCCGUACGAGUCGGAACGACCCGAGUGCGGCGGCGCAAACAACGAGAUCGAUGGGAACCAAGACCAGGAGUACGCCCCCUCCGGGCCAAUGGCCGGAGAAGCGUCCAACAUGCACGAGAUGACCGAACACUUCAGCACUUCGGAAGCGACCAACGAGCAGCGACCAGUGGAACCGGAAGCGCAGCAACCUCAACAACCCCAGGAACCCCAGCAGCCGGAACCUUCGGACAACGAGAACGACAUCAACGGCGGUGAAGAGCAAGGCUACGAGUACCCGAAACCUGCGGAACCGGCGGAAGAAGGACAGCAGCAGCAACCCCAAAGCCCCGCCAGCUCCAGCGAAGACCCAAGCUUCCCGUGCGAGCAGGACGGCUUCGUCGGCGAUCCGGUCGACUGCCAGAUGUUCUACCGCUGCGUGUCGAACGGCAACGGCGGCUUCACCAAGUACCCGUUCCGCUGCGGGGACGGAACGGUGUGGGAUGACCGGAUCGAUGCGUGUAACCACGACUACGCAGUGGAGCGGUGCACGCGCCGAGCGGAGAACGACUACGUCGUCAACACGGAAAGCUUCAGCCAGAGCAACAUGUCCGCCGAAGCGAACAUGACCUCGUCGAGCGGUUCGAUGACGGAGAAUGGUGUGACUACGAAUACGACAUCCUCCGAAGCCCACAUGAACCAGCAGGGCAGCAACUACAUGAACAUGACGACAUCGACUAGCGAUGGGCAGGGAGGGUCAUCGCAAUCGAGCAGUUCGAGCAGUAGCAGUAGCAGUUCGAGCAGUAGCUCAAGCAGUUCCAGCAGCAGUUCGUCGUCGAGCAGUGGUGGAAACAACCAGUGGAACAAUAACAAUCAGGGAUCGAAUGGCGGCAGUCAAGGAUCGAAUAACAACAAUCAAUGGAACAAUAAUAACCAAGGAUCAAGUGGAAGCAACCAGGGAUCGAAUAACAACAAUCAAUGGAACAAUAAUAACCAAGGAUCAAGUGGCAGCAACCAAGGUUCAAGUAACAACAACCAAUGGAACAAUAAUAACCAAGGAACGAACAGUAACAACCAGGGUUCCAACAACAACAACCAAUGGAACAAUAACAAUCAAGGUUCGAGUGGUAGCAGCCAAGGUUCAAGCAACAAUAACCAAUGGAAUAACCAGAAUCAAGGACAGAGCAGCAGCAGUCAGGGAUCGAAUAGCAACAAUCAGUGGAACAAUCAGAACCAAGGAUCGAACAGUAACAAUCAGGGCAGUGGAUCCAACAACAACAAUCAGUGGAAUCAGAAUCAGAACAACCAAGGACAGAACGGUCAGAAUCAGGGAAAUAAUAACAACUGGAACAACAAUAACAAUCAGGGACAGAAUAAUAACAACCAAAACAAUCAGAAUAACCAGAACAACCAGAACAACAACAACCAAGGACAGAAUCAAAAUAACAACAAUAAUAAUCAGAACAAUCAAAAUAAUCAACAAAAUAAUAACAACCAAGGACAAAACAACAAUCAGAACAACCAAAAUAACAACAAUCAAUGGAACAAUAAUAACCAAGGGCAGAACAACAACAAUAAUCAGAAUAACCAAAAUAAUAACAAUCAAUGGAACAACAACAAUCAAGGACAGAACAACCAAAACAAUCAGAACAAUCAAAACAACCAGAAUAACCAGAGCAAUCAGAAUAAUCAGAGCAACCAACAGAACAACAACAAUCAAGGACAGAACAAUAAUAAUCAAGGGCAGAACAAUAACAACCAAGGACAAAAUAAUAACAAUAAUCAACAAGGAUCCGACAACAACAAUGACAACCAAUCGAACAACAACAAUCAGAACCAAGGUUCCAACAACAACCAAUCGAACAACAACAACCAGCAAGGAUCCAAUAGCAACAACAACAACAACCAAUCGAACAACAACAAUCAGAACCAAGGAACUGACAAUAACAACAAUCAGUCAAACAACAACAACCAACAAGGAUCCAACAACAACAAUAACAACCAAUCGAACAACAACAAUCAGAACCAAGGUUCCAACAACAACCAAUCGAAUAACAACAAUCAGAACCAAGGUUCCAACAACAACCAAUCGAACAACAACAACCAGAACCAAGGGUCUGACAAUAAUAACAAUCAGUCAAACAACAACAACCAACAAGGAUCAAACAACGGCAACAAUCAGUCAAACAACAACAAUCAACAAGGCUCCAACAACAACCAAAACCCAGAACCUGCCACCACCCAAGCUCCGGCAACGGAAGCACCUGCCUCCGCCGCUCCAACCCAAGCUGCAACCACGACUGCUCCCACUCAAGCCCCAGCCACAUCCGCUCCCACUCAGGCACCGAGCACGGCUGCCCCAACGCAAGCUCCCUCUACCGAAGCUCCCGCGGAACCAAGCAGCACCUCCGAACAGACCACAUCCGGUGAACAACCAGCUACCUCGGAAGCAUCCGUCACACCUGCUCCGUCUUCGUCUUCGGAAGCUCCAGCGCCCACAACUACUGCUGCUGCUGCCCCGCAGCCAACAACCACGGAGGAUAGCACCAAUCCCGACGUCAACGAGGUUCAAACGACGGCCGGAACUACGGCAGCGUCUUCGUCUUCAUCGUCCAGCACUACCACGACAACCGGCAAACCUGCAGAGCAAACAACGACUACGGCCAAGCCGGAUUCCUCCUCCUCGAGCGGCAGCUCGCCGGCUUGCACCAACGAUGGCUUCAUGGGAGAUCCCAACGACUGUCAGAAGUUCUACCGGUGCGUAUCGAACGGACAGGGCGGAUACACCAAGUACGAGUUCAAGUGUAGCGACAACACCGUGUGGGACGACAGCAUCUCGAACUGUAACCAUGCGUGGGCCGUGGAGAAUCCCACCUGCAAGCAGGGCCAGAGUCAGUCUGGUAAUGGAGGUAGCGGUCAAGGACCUAACGGGCCAAACAACAAUAAUCAGGGACCUGACAAUAACAACCAAGGACCUGAUGGACCCAAUAACAACAAUCAAGGACCUAAUGGACCCAACAAUAACAAUCAAGGACCUGAUGGACCCAAUAACAACAAUCAAGGACCUAAUGGAUCCAACAAUAACAAUCAAGGACCUGAUGGACCCAACAACAACAAUCAAGGACCGAAUGGACCAAACAACAAUAACCAAGGACCCAAUGGACCGAACAACAAUAAUCAAGGACCUAACGGUCCAAAUGGCCCAGAUGGCGGAAAUGGACCUAAUGGUCCAGAUGGUUCUAACGGCUCUAAUGGUCCUAAUGGCCCAGAUGGUGGAAAUGGUCCCAACGGACCAGAUGGUCCCAACGGUCCAACUGGCCCCAACGGUCCAGAUGGUCCCAAUGGCCCCAAUGGUCCCGAUGCGAACGGUCCAGAUGGUUCUAACGGUCCAGAUGGUCCCAACGGUCCAAACGGCCCAGGCGGUCCUAAUGGUCCCGAUGGUUCUAAUGGCCCAGAUGGUCCCAACGGUCCAGAUGGUUCUAACGGUCCAAAUGGACCCAACGGCCCGGAAGGCACACAGGGAAAUGGUUCCGGAUCUCCCGCUGAACAAGGCUCCUCCUCAUCCACUGUUCCACCGUGCCAGCAAACAACUACGACAAGUGCCCCAGUGGUUCCAGCCGGAAGCAACGGUGUCUGCGAACGUGAAGGUUUCAUGGAGCAUGAAUCGAACUGCAAGAAGUUCUACCGCUGCGUCGACAACGGAAACGGAGGAUUCACUCGGUACGAGUUUACCUGCGGCGCUGGCACUGUUUGGGAUAACGACAUUCUUGCUUGCAACCAUCCGGACUCCGUUCAAAACUCCAAGUGUGGAACCGGAGGACGUCCGGAAGGUGGUAGCCCACAGGGUCCUGGAAACACCUACCUGCCACCGGAUCAAGCCAGCUCGACUGAACCAAUGCUAUCCAGUUCGGAAGCGUCUACUGAUGCUCCUACCACGAGCGGUAAUGUAGAAGGAAGCACCAAUGCCCAGGAAGUUACUACACAAACGUCUGAAACUACCACUGCCAACCCUGGACAGGAGACUACGACUGGAUCAGGAGCUGAAACAACUGAAGCACCUAAAGAGGAAACCACGCAAGGUCAAGGAACUACGGCUAGCCAAACGGAGCAGACCACUACACCGCCAGGUCAAGAAACGACAUCAGUGUCUGGUCAAGAAACUACCACAUCAUCUGGACAGGAAACCACAACAUCUUCAGGUCAAGAAACCACCACAACUUCAGGCCAAGAAACCACCACCGCUGGAAACCUCGAAACAACAACGGGAAGCCCGUCGGAACCAGCCGGAGAAAGUACAACACAAGCAGGACAGACAACAGCUUCGGGAAGCGAAACAACAACAUCCGGUACCGAUGAACAAACCACCGAAACGCAACCCGCCACGACCCUAUCACCGGAAGGAUGCGAGUCCGAAGGGUUCAUGCCUCACGACAGUGAUUGCAAAAAGUUCUACCGAUGCGUCGACAACGGCAAGGGAGGCUUCACGAAGCACGAAUUCACCUGCGCCGAUGGAACGGCUUGGGACCAAAGCAUUCAGGCUUGUAACUAUGAGUACGAAGUUCCAAACUGCGGUGCCGAUCGCCCACCAGAGCCAGCCCCCGAACCGGACGCGCAGAGCACCACAUCUCCGGACUCCGAAAACCAAAUGACCACCACGACAGCGGCCUCGGAGACCACGCCGGCUGGUCAGGAAACGACAACUCAAGCUGGUCAGGAAUCGACGACUCAAGCUGGUCAGGAAACGACGACGCAAGCUGGUCAGGAGACAACGACUCAAGCAGCUAUGACGGCCGCUCAAGAAACAACGACUGGUGCGGCUGAAACGACUACACAAGCACCCGUUGAGACGACAACUCAGGCGGCCACUACGACGGAAUCAGCACAGGAAACGACUACGGUAGCGGGCACGACACCAGCAGAAGAAAAGCAAGAAACGACAACGCAACCCGCUGAAGGCACUACCUCAGGACAAGAGACGACCACUGGAGCAUCUGGACAGGAGACAACUACCGUAUCGGGUCAGGAAACUACGACUGGAGCAGCAGGACAAGAGACAACUACUGCGUCAGGCCAGGAAACAACCACUGGAGCAUCUGGACAGGAAACGACUACUGGCGCAGCCGGACAAGAAACAACUACAGCAGGUCAGGAGACUACAACCUCAGGACAGGAAACCACUACUGGAGGACAGGAACCCACCACCAACCAACCGUCGGGUGGUGAAUGUACCUCGGAAGGCUUCAUGGGCGAUCCGAAUGACUGCAAGAAGUUCUACCGAUGCGUCGACAACGGCAAGGGCGGUUAUACCAAGUAUGACUUCACCUGCGGAGACGGUACCGCCUGGGACCAACAGCUCCAAACUUGUAACCACGAUAACGUAGUAGAAAUGUGCGGCGGUCAAACAGGAGAAACUAGCGCCGCCACAACCACCAGUAAUCCUACGACUGAUGGUGCAGGUAUGGAGACGACAACCGGAGGAGCGGCUCAGGAAACUACGACGGAAGCAGCCGGACAGCAAACGACGACGGAGGGAAGUCAGGAAACGACAACGCAAGCUGGAGCCGAGACUACGACACCGGCGACUCAAGAAACAACGACGGCGCCGGGUGAAACUACAACGGGAGCAGCGGAAACCACUGCUGCGUCGGAAAUAACAACGUCUGCUCAGGAAACCACCACAGCUGGGCAAGAAACGACUGCAGCGCCAAGCGAGACAACAACGAUAGUUCAGGAAACCACAACUGGUGCCGCUGAAACGACGACGGCUGCCGCUGAAACAACAACAACUGUUCAGGGAACGGAAGCUACAACGCAACCGGAAACUACUGCUCAACCAGCACAGGAAACGACCACACAACCGGGACAGGAAACUACCGAAGCCGGUGGGGAAGCAUCGACACAGCCUACCGACGCCGGAUCAUCAACGGACGCUUCGACCGAUGCCAGCAUGGAGACGACAACCGCUGGACAGCCGGCGACGACGACUCCCGGAAGCUGCCCCGAAGGAUGCCAGAGCAAUUGUCCGCAGGUUGGUGAAGGCCAGGCUAGCUUCGUGUGCCCCACGGGCUUCCGUCGGCAUCCGCAGGACUGCAACAUGUUCUACCAGUGUACGCAGAAGCCGAACAGCAUGGACUACAGCAUCGUGAUGUUCAGCUGCCCGAACGCGACCGUGUACAACGAGGAAGGAAUCCAGUGCAGCGAACCGGCAGCCGGUGAUGAGCAGUGCCAGUCGUCAAGCAUGCGGUUCCUGCGCAGCGCACUCGCACCCCAGGUUCAACCGAUGCAACUUCGCUCAACGAAGCCACUCUGCCCGGCAGAGGGUCACUUCGCGUUGGACGAACAGAAGUGCAGCUCGACGUUCGUGCGCUGCCUGGCCGGCGAGGGACGCAGCAGUGACGUGCUGCAGCCCAACAUGUACCGCUGCCCGAAGGGUUACGUGUACUGGAACGUGAGCCGACGCUGCGAGCGGGUGGCCAAGGUGCCCGAGUGCCAGAACACCCCGAUGCAGGAGCGGUCGGAGAUACCGGUCGAGUGGAUCAACCUUGGCAACCGACGCAGAAGUUUGUUCUGAGCCGGAUAGGAAUACUCAGCGAACACUCAGAGCGAAUAGUAGUCAGCGACAAACGUACACACACAACGACCACGACAAGACAAGCCUCAACGGCGUAACGUUUAAGUUAGUCAUAGCGUAACUUGAGUAAGGAUUAUUAGCGAUAGGACCUGUAACUAGGAAGCUGCCACCAACACAUAAACACGCAGGACUGAUUUCGACUCUCGAACGUGUAGACUUUUAGAAACAUUUCGCGGAAACACGAGAGUACAAGAGUGACGUAACGGAAAGCGACAUCGAUCUAGGUCUAGUCAGAAAGAUGUCACGUAAUUCAGGAGUAGAUCUACGCCAUAUUUUCAAGCAGCAUUUAGGAAAAUGACAAAAAACUAUUCGAAAAAAACCGCACAAACGAGUCAUUUUACGCAGUAGAUAUUUAUUUUACUCAGCCAACCAAGCAUGUAAAUAUUUUCCAACCUUCCGCAAAGGAGCGCGAAAAUAGCAUCAAAAGAUGAACAUUAUUUUUAAGCAAGUUUUAGCCAACUAUUCGCAUCCAGUUCGUGGGACGGAAGGCGGCAUCCGGAAGGAACCAGCAGCAGAAAACCAAGCGGCCAUUAUCAACCGUUCCCGCAAAUGAGCCUCUCUUGCUCCGGCAGUUCGUUGAGCAAAAGAGAGUUGUGUUUAUACAGUAUUGUUUACGGGAAUGGUGCCGCAACCAACAGGGAAGUCCCACCACCGCUGCCGUCCAUGAACUAUUUGCGAAUGCCACACGAAAGAACGGAGCUGCCAGGUAGUGUAACUGUAACUGUAGCGUUAAGAAAGUUAGAGUAAAUAAAUGUAAUUUAUUGUA